CUCAAGCAUGCCAUUCAACUAUUCCAAAAGGGUGACAUGGACAUCAACAACCAGAUCAGUACCUGGGGCAAGGCCACUGCAAAGACUCCCCUCAAACUCAACAGGACAUCUGGGAAGGAAUCAUCAGCUGCCCUGGUGUUCUCAGAGAAAAACUGGGAAACAUGUACCAAGCACUAUUAUAUGUUAGUUGCUAAACACAAUCAUUUGGCACUGACAGAAAUUGCCUCCAUGGCAAAUGCCCUGUCUCCCCAGCCAUGGAUUCCUUGUUGGAUGAUGGUAGUCUUGAGUUGA